AUGAAUGGCAGCAGCAAGGUUCAUACUCUCUCCGCAGAAAUCGGGUUCUUUAUGCUACCUGAUAACCGGACUCAGAACCACUGGCAUCUAGACUUUCAGCUGAACUCUCAUCUCUCAACACUGGCAAAUAGUCCUAAGAUCUACCACACCCUUAAUAAGCUAAAUCUAACUGAAGACGUUGGCCAAGACGAUCACCAAACAGGAAGCCUACGAUCCUGCAGUUCUUCUGACUGCUUUAGUAACGUGAUGCCCCCGCACCCAAGGAAAAAGAGAAGACCUGCCUCUGGAGAUGACUUAUCUGCCAAGAAAAGCAGAUAUGAUAGCAUAUAUCAAAAAUACGAUUCAACUAGAAUUAAGACUGAAGAAGAGGCCUUCUCAGGUAAGCGGUGCUUAGAAUGGUAUGAAUAUGCAGGUACUGAGGAUGUGGUGGGUCCUGAAGGAAAGGAGAAAUUUUGUGAAGACAUUGGUGUAGAACCAGAAAAUAUAGUUAUGCUUGUCCUAGCUUGGAAAUUGGAUGCACAAAACAUGGGUUAUUUUACUCUACAAGAAUGGUUAACAGGAAUGACUUCUUUACAAUGCGAUACAACAGAAACACUCAGAAAUUCUUUGGAUUGCUUGAGAUCAGUAUUAAAUGAUUCUACAAACUUUAAGCUUAUUUGUAGAUACACAUUGGACUUUGCACAGGAAAAGGGCCAGCUCAGCCUAGACAUAAACACUGUUGUGAGUGUUGGAUACUGUGUCCAAAGUGAGGAGGAAAGGGACUACGAUACUGCCACUUCCGCACCGUUCUGCCUGGAAUGCUUCUCCAUCGCCUAUCCAUAUAGUUCCCUUGUGGAUCACCUUCAAGGGUCUUCCUCACCUCUGUAA